CACUGAUAACCUUUGUUUGAGUAACAAACAGAAGUCUCUUGAAAAACUUCCCCUUCAUAAUUUCAAGCCUUUUUCUUGGUAAAGUGAAACAAAUAUCAGAGAUGAAGUGUCAUCUUGGAACUCCAUUCAAAGGCAUUGCAGAGGAUAUUCGAGGACGAGUAUCUUGCUACAAGCAGGAUUGGAUUGCUGGAAUUAGAUCCGGAAUAGGGAUAUUGGCUCCAACUACCUACAUGUUUUUUGCAUCUGCUCUUCCAGUGAUUGCUUUUGGAGAACAGUUGAGCAGAGAUACAGAUGGGAGCCUGAGUACUGUGGAAACUUUAGCUUCUACAGCAAUUUGUGGUAUCAUUCACUCUAUACUCGGUGGGCAACCUCUUAUGAUACUAGGAGUUGCAGAACCUACUAUUAUUAUGUACAGUUACUUGUACAAGUUUGCUAAAGGAAGAGAAGAUUUGGGACAGACCCUUUACUUAGCUUGGACUGGAUGGGUUUGUGUCUGGAUAGCUCUUAUGUUGUUUCUUCUAGCAAUAUUCAAUGCCUGCUCUAUUAUCAGUAAAUUUACAAGGAUUGCUGGGGAGACUUUUGGCAUGCUUAUCUCGGUGCUUUUCAUUCAAGAGGCGAUUAAGGGAAUAGUGAGCGAGUUUAGCAUCCCUAAAGCUGAGGAUCCAAGUUCAGAGAUAUAUCAAUUCCGUUGGCUUUACACAAAUGGGCUACUUGGAAUCAUAUUCACCUUUGGCCUUCUCUGCACAGCCUUAAAGAGCAGAAAAGCAAGGUCAUGGUGGUACGGCACAGGCUGGAUUAGAAGCUUCAUCGCGGAUUAUGGAGUUCCUUUAAUGGUUCUCAUGUGGUCAGUACUCUCAUUUAUCGUGCCAAGUGAAGUUCCAUCCGGAGUUCCUAGAACGCUCUAUAGUCCCCUUCCUUGGGAAUCGGCAUCUUUAUAUCACUGGACUGUAAUUAAGGAUAUGGGGAAGGUUCCUCCAGCAUACAUAUUUGCUGCCAUAAUACCAGCUGUGAUGAUAGCCGGACUAUAUUUCUUCGACCACAGUGUUGCUUCGCAGAUGGCACAACAAAAAGAGUUCAACUUAAAGAAUCCUUCUUCUUAUCAUUAUGAUAUCUUGCUCUUGGGAUUUAUGACUUUGCUAUGUGGUUUGAUUGGAUUGCCUCCUUCAAAUGGCGUCCUGCCACAGUCCCCUAUGCAUACUAAAAGUUUGGCUGUUCUUAAGAAACAGCUUAUCCGGAAGAAGAUGGUUGAAAGUGCGAAGGAGAGUAUCAAACGAAAAGCUAGCAACUCCGAAAUCUAUGGCAGCAUGCAAGCUGUAUUCAUAGAGAUCGAUAGUUCACCUGUUAAUGAAGUAGCUACAGAGUUGAAACACUUGAAAGAGGCAAUAAUGAAACGUGAAAUUGAAAAUGCAAAUGGCAUAUUCGAUCCUGAGAAGCAUAUUGAUGCUUACUUGCCCGUUCGAGUCAAUGAACAAAGAGUGAGCAAUCUAUUGCAGUCCCUACUAGUGGCAACGUCAGUAGGUGCUAUGCCAAUAACAAAGAAGAUACCAACCUCAGUUCUUUGGGGAUAUUUCGCCUACAUGGCUAUUGACAGCUUGCCAGGAAAUCAACUAUGGGAAAGAAUCUUGCUUCUCUUCAUCACCCCUGGCAGGAGAUUUAAGAUCCUUGCAGGGUUUCAUGCAUCUUUCAUGGAAUCAGUACCAUUCAGAUGCAUCGCAAUCUUCACAGUUUUCCAAUUGGUAUAUUUACUUGUGAUCUUUGGAGUCACAUGGAUUCCCAUAGCUGGCAUUCUAUUCCCCUUGCCAUUAUUUCUCCUCAUAAGCAUAAGGCAGCAUUUGCUUCCCAAGUUGUUCCACCCUCGUCAUUUGCAAGAACUCGAUGCAGCUGAGUAUGAGGAAAUUGCUGGCGCUCCACAACGUGUGCUUAGCUUCUCUUUCAGGGAAAGUGAGGUAAUAAUUCCUGGCACUGACGAAGGCAAAACAGAGAUAUGUGAUGCUGAGAUUUUGGAUGAACUUACAACCAGCAGAGGAGAGUUGAAAGUCAGGACUGUCAGCUUCAGCGAAGAUAAGCGCCCACAGGUUUAUCCAACUGCGGACAGUAUAGAAUCUGAGUAAAGAGUUGGAUCACUUUUUAUGGUAUAUAAAUUAGGGACAAGUCACAAGGUGAAUAUAUAGUGAUGAAACAGGUACUGAAUCUUGCACAUCUACUAUGGAGCAAAUGGAAAUUCGGAGCAAAAAGAUGUGAAGAUAUCUGUUGUUCUAGAUUCUAGAGAAUUUUGUUAUGUUUGGGGUGGUAUAUAUAUCACUAGUAGCAUGUGCCCAUAGAUGUACAGUGUAUAAUGUUAUAGAUUAUAGAUCUAGCAUGAGAUGAACUUUGUGUUA